AUGGCCUCCACUCGCGUCCUCGCUUCCAGACUCGCCACCCAGAUGGCCACCAAGGCCGCCCGCCCUGCGGUGCGCGUCUCUGCCAUGCCCAAGCGCACCAUCACUGGCUUCUCCAGCCCCCUCCAGGCCGUCAAGCGCCAGCAGGCCACCACUGUCCAGUCCAAGGUCUUCACCCAGGUCCAGGCCAAGCGCGCCUACUCCUCUGAGAUCGCCCAGGCUAUGGUCGAGGUCUCCAAGAACUUGGGUAUGGGUUCCGCCGCCAUCGGUCUUACCGGUGCUGGUAUCGGUAUCGGUCUGGUCUUCGCUGCCCUCAUCAACGGUGUUGCCCGCAACCCUGCCCUCCGUGGCCAGCUCUUCUCCUACGCCAUUCUUGGUUUCGCCUUCGUCGAGGCCAUCGGUCUCUUCGACCUCAUGGUUGCCCUCAUGGCCAAGUUCACGUAA